UGGCACGCCACCCCAGACAUUAGCACAUCACACUCAUGUCUUCGGUCGUCAAUACUUGCUCAAUUUGUUUUAAUAAAUAAAAAAAUAUCAAAAUGUUCAAGCUUUUGAUUGCCGCCUGCUUCCUAGCCGUCGCUGUUGCUAAGCCCAGUGUGCUAUACACUGCCCCGGCCUACACUGCAGCAUACACUGCCCCGGCCUACACUACAGGAUACACUGCCCCAGCCUACACUGCAGCUUACACCGCGCCCGCUGCCUACACUGGACCUGUUUCAGGCUACUCUCCUUUCGCGUACAGCAGUGCCUUCACCGCUCCUAUUUCGGCGCUCUCCGCUUAUGGUUAUGCCUCUCCUUACUCCUACUACCUCCGCCGUUGAUUUGUUUUAAAGUGUAAUUACGAAACAGCUAAACAAUAAACAAUGCGUUACCAUUCAGAAUUGCAUUUAACUAA